UCCACUUCACAUGUAAAUAAUCAACGGUCUUACAUAUUUUAUUGUGUGGUAAUUAUUCGCAAAUAAUAUUACUCUUAAUAUAUUGAUAAUCCAUUAAGAUUACUGGAUGUGAAAAGAAUCAAAUAUGACGAAACAGAUUGAAUUUUUAUGUUUUUUAUUAUUUCCCAUUCACACACUAUCAAUUAACUUUAAUGAAUUAAAUUUGCCUCCGCAACAUAUUCCAUUUGUUUUUAAUGCAUUUCCUGAAAUUGCUGAAACCUGCAAUUCGGAACAAAGCUGCCCUUUCAAGAGUUCGCUGGGUGCAAAAUCGUGUUGGGGUUAUGAACGAGACUGUGAUAAAAAAUCCUCGUAUCAUGUGCGCCCAGUGUGUCCUGGCGAUCACAGAGGUUGGGUUAAAACGAAAGAAGCCCAAUAUGAUACGUUUUACACACAAGCAGAUUUUGGUUAUGUUAAAGAACAAAUCGAUGAUUUGAUGGUGAUGUGUGAAGCACUAUACCCUGAUGAUACAUCGCUUGAAUGCUCGAAAUAUCUUAGGUUCUGCAGGGGAAGAAAUAUAAUGCUGAAUUUUACUGGCCUUGUGGGUCGUGGUGAUAAUUUGAGAUACAAAACUGAUAUUCUCAGUGCUGGACAAAUAGGUGGCUACUGUAAGUUCUAUUCAGAUAGACUUAUGAAGGAGGCAGAACAUAUGAGUGCAUUACAGUCAUGGGGUCCAGAAAUGGUGAAUUUCGUCAAAACUCCUAAAAAGCCAAUAGCAGAUGGAAUGUGUGACAUUGUCAUAGAUAAACCAACUUAUAUCAUGAAACUUGAUGCCGCUGUAAACAUGUAUCAUCAUUUUUGUGACUUUUUCAAUUUGUAUGCAUCACUACACGUAAAUUCCACACACCCAUCAACAUUUACUAGAAACAAUCAUAUUCUAGUUUGGGAAACAUUUACAUAUGAUUCUGCAUUCAAAGACGCUUUUAAGGCAUUCACUGAGAAUCCGAUUUGGGAUUUAAAGAGGUUUAGAGGAAAAGUUGUCUGUUUUAAAAAUGCAGUGUUCCCGCUUCUGCCAAGAAUGAUUUUUGGUCUCUACUACAACACACCUCUAAUAUACGGAUGCGAAAGAAGUGGAUUGUUUCAUGCCUUCUCUAAACACAUACUGCAUUCUUUGAAUAUAAAACUGCAUAUGCGUACCGAUGAUAGAGUACGAGUUACUCUCCUAUCGAGAGGAACCACAUAUAGGUCAAUUCUAAAUGAGAAAGAAAUUGUAGAUGCUUUGCUCAAAGAAGAUGGUUAUUAUGUGCAACGCGUUGUGUAUGACAGGACAGUUUCAUUCACAAAGCAGCUAGAAAUAACUCACAAUACUGAUGUGUUCAUUGGAAUGCAUGGAGCCGGUCUGACACAUUUACUGUUCUUACCUGAUUGGGCAGCGGUAUUUGAAGUAUACAAUUGUGAAGAUCCUAACUGCUAUGCUGAUUUAAGUAGACUUCGAGGACUCAAAUACGUAACAUGGGAAGAUAAAUCAAAACUUGUCCAACAAGAUGAGGGUCACAGUCCCGGCGGUGGUUCACAUGCAAAGUUCACCAAUUAUUCGUUUGACGUCAAAGAAUUCUUGAGGUUGGUCGCGAAGUGUGCCGAGUACGUGCGCAACAGACAAGACUUUCAGAACUUCGUUGAAGCGUCUCUUAUUAAAAUGCACGAAGAAUUAUAGAAGGAAUAAUAAGUAUUGAUGUUGUUUAACGACGAUGUAAAUAAGCGACCGGACACUAGUAAAAGUUAAAUCUAAAAGUGAUUAGAACGAUUUAAAAAAAAAAAAAACUGAAUUGUUCUCAUUUUUUUAAAACGGUAAGAUAAUUUAGUGAUUGUAUGAUAAAAUGACUCUAAGCUAAUAUUUUCUCCCGCUCUUGACCCGUAGUUUACACCGAUCACUAUAAAUGUGGCUAAUUUUAAACAGUAGAAUAUUAUCUAUGGUUGCUCAUUGCGUCGCUUAUUUCAGCUCCGGCUGACCGUUAAACGGAUCUUGGCUUAGUUUAUUUAAAAAAAAAAACCGUCCAUUUCCCUAUUGUAUUAACUUAGCUGUGAUUUAUAAGAAUCUUAGUAUAUAAAAGUUUUCAGCCAUAUUGUGAUUUUAAAUUUUAUAAUAAGAAAUUUAUUGUAAAUUGUGUGUUAAUUUAUACAGGGUGUGAGCCACAUCUCAGCAAAAAUCAAUGUUUAUUAGGUAAGCUAGUAUAAAUGCUGUUUGUUUUGGGAAGUUCAUUAUUUAUUAGUGAAUUCGUGACUUACAGGCAAGACAAAGACAGUUGAUAGACUUCUCCCUCGCGUCUAUCGAGGUCAUCGACCCCGCACGUCAACUGAUUUCAUUCGUGUUGCAAAAAAAGCAGGUAGCUGCUAGCGCUUGCAAGGAGCGGCUCUUUUGUGUUUUUUUUUACACAAAUAUGUAUUAAUUUUAAAUGUAGUUCAUUUAUUUGAACAGGCAAAGAGAAUAAGAAACAAAUGUAAUUAAGUGUUUAUGUAUUUGUCUUUGUUUAUGUAUUUGUUUCUGUGACUGUUUUAUUGUAACCAUUACAAGUUAUCCAAUGCUAUAGUCAAGAUUACAUAGAGAGAGCUCUUUCCCUAGUUUCUGCACAACUGCUUCGAGAUGAAAAUUGGCCAUGCAACCGAUUAUCAAUAUAAAAAAAAUUCACCACAAAGUCCCUACCUACACCAAAUGGUUAUUAACCCAAAUGUGAUGUUUCGCUUUAAUUCCUUUCUUCGUGAUGGCAACUCGUUAAUGUUAUUAAAAAAAAAUUGGGAAAAAAUGCAUUUGAAUUUUUUUAAUUAAAGACGACUAUAAUUUUGGUAAGCAAAAGCAUAAAAUCUUAC